AUGGCGCAUGGUACCGACAUUGCAUUCCUUAUGCUCUGUGUGGACGAUAUCGUGCUCACGGUAUCUUCCCUGGCUCUUCUCCAAUGCAUUGUGCACCAGCUCACUGGCGAGUUCGCCAUGAAGGACCUGGGGCGACAACACUUCUUCCUUGGCAUUGGUGUCACCCGCACUGCUACUGGCUUCUUCCUUUGUCAGCAGCAGUAUGCCGAGCAAGUGAUCGAGUGCACCACCAUGGAUAGCUGCAAGCCUUCGCCCAGUCCCAUCGACAACAAGGGCAAGCUGUCGAUGGGCUUUAGGAACGACAGUGAUGGUCGUGAUAAAGGGAAAAGUGAUGUUGAGUCUGAACCCUCACGGGCUCCGGACUUGAGGAACUUAUAUGCUCCUGGCCCGUCCACGCUGAGUUCUAAUGGGUGGGCCAAUGGGCAAGGGUCAUCUCCUUCUUUAGUCAAGAGAUAUGUGGCAAUGGGUUUCCCAAAAGAAAUGGUCGUGACAAGCAUCAAGGAGAUUGGGCAUAGUGACGAAAAUGCAUUGCUUGAGUUACUGUUGACCUAUAAGGCAAUAGGUGAUGAAGAUACAUUGGGUAACGUCUCUACUUCUGGCUGCACCCUCCAUAGAGUUGAAGAUGGUGAUGAUCUUGAUUUUGAGAGCUCGGAUGGUGAUGAUGAUGCUGGUGAUACAGAGCCCAACUUUGGUGAUUAUAGUGAUGAGGAUUUUUUACAAGAAAUGUCUGAGAAGGACGAGAAAAUCAACUCAUUAGUAGAUAUGGGAUUUUCUGAAGAUGAAGCUAAUAUGGCUAUUAUAAGAUGUGGUGUGGAUGGUGAUCUCUUUGUAUUAGUUGAUUCGAUUAGUGCAUCACGGGUUGCAGGAAAUUUGGACUUAUCUAACCAUCAGGUUACGGGAAGAUGCUUCGAUUCUUUGGAGGGAGAAAGAAAGCAAAGGUUGGUGGAAGAGAGAAAGAAAAAAAGGAAGCGAUGUGGAUGUACUGGACAGAGCAAUCAACCCUCUUUGGAUUGCAACCAUGAUGAACAGAUGCUUCUUCCAAAUCCAAUGGUUGGAUUUAACCUGCCCAAUUAUAGCCCAUCAUCAGUUAGGGUGACUAGAACGAUUCUUGAACAAGAUAUGGGACGACCUUAUUUCUACUACGAAAAUGUGGCUAGAGCUCUCACAGCUGCAAGGAAAAGAGGCUACAUACAUAACUUGCCUAUUGAGAACAGAGCACCUCUUCUUCCUUCUCCUCCAAUGACCAUAUUUGAGGCAUUCCCCCGUUACAAGAAGUGGUGGCCUUCCUGGGAUCAGAGAACACAGUUCAACUGCUUGCUAACAGGUGUGGCAGGUCCAACGCUGACUGGAAAGAUUGGGCGUGCUCUUGCAAGUGCGGGCACUCCACCAUCUCAAAGUAUUCAAAAGUAUGUCAUCGAUCAGUGCAAAAGGUACAAUCUUGUCUGGGUCGGAAAAAAUAAGGUUGCUCGAUUGGAGCCUCAAGAGAUUGAAUAUCUACUUGGUUUUCCAAAGGACCACACAAGGGGACUAGGCGACACAAAUAGAUACAAAUCUCUAGGCAACUCAUUCCAUGUUGAUACUGUUGCUUACCACUUGUCAGUGCUAAAAGGCAUGUUUCCCAAUGGUGUUAAUGUGCUGUCCUUAUUCACUGGUAUUGGAGGAGGAGAGGUAGCUUUGCACAGGUUGGGAAUGAACAUGAGGACAGUGGUUUCUGUUGAAAUAGACAAAGCUAGUAAGAGGAUUUUCAGGGAUUGGUGGAAUCAGACUCAAACAGGCACACUGAUUGAGAUUGAUGAUGUGAAAUCUCUUACUGAUGAUCAAGUUGCAACAUAUGUUACUACAUUUGGCGGCUUCGACUUGGUGAUUGGGGGCAGCCCAUGUAACAAUCUUGCUGGGUGUAACCGAUCCAGCCGUCAUGGCUUGGAGGGCAAGCAAUCUGUUUUGUUCCACCAUUAUGUCAGAAUAUUGAAUGUCGUCAAGUCGGCUAUGGCCAGGAAGUAG